AUGGUGCGGACGAAGGCGGGGGGCGGCGGCUGCCGCAAAGUGCUGGUCGCCCGCGCUCCACGGAAGGUGCUGGGCGCCAGCAGCCUCAACGCGGGACCGUCGCCGGCCGCUAAGAAAGGCCAGGGCCUCCGCGGCGGAGGAAACCCGGUGUGCGUGCGGUCGGUCCCCGCCUGGCAGAGGGGCAUCGGCGAGUUCCUGCGGCUGCCGCAGAAGGAAACCGUGCGCCCAGCGGAGAGGCGGUGGGGAGCAGCGGCCCGGGUCCGGCCGCUGAAAAAGCUUGCCCCCUGCCACCAGAUCCUGCAGAAGAUGGCAAAGAAGAGUAGACAUGAUCCAACCCCGAUUUUAAUGAUAAACCACGUGUCUCCUAUACUUGACCUGGCUUUUGUAUAUUUGUAUAGUUUUUUACAGUUUUUUUGUGGCUUAUGUUCAGCUCUUCUACAGAACUAAAAAUUUGAGAGACUGCAAGAGCAUUGUGGAGAAAUAAAUAUAUACUUUUUAAAGCUUAGCGUUCAGUAUAAGUUACUGUUUUAACUUUUAUCUUGGUUUACUUGAGUUCCUCAGUGACUCCUGCAUACUCUGAGGCUGUUAGCUUUUGAUUGCCUUGUGCUUGUGUGAGACUUGUGUGAUCAUGCUUGUUCUGCAGGAUCCUUAGUUUUCUAAUAGACCGAAGCAGAUAAUCAGUUUUGUAAUAGACUGAAGCAUCUUGAAAAUACAUCCAUGUCAUGUCUUUAUUGAAGUAAAAGCUUUUAAUGAUGACCACUUUACCCAAAGAUGUGAAAGCUGGAUUUGAAAAGACACUGGUGAGGUGGA